AUGCCUGCACCAGUAACGCAGCCUCGCACACUUUACGACAAAAUCUGGGACGACCAUGUUGUCGAUGUCAAGGAAGAUGGUCUUGCUCUCAUCUACAUCGACAGGCAUCUCGUCCACGAAGUGACUAGUCCUCAAGCCUUCGAGGGCCUUCGUACUGCAGGUCGUCGGGUACGGCGAACCGACUGUACCCUGGCUACUGUCGAUCACAACAUUCCUACUGCAUCCCGCAAGAACCUCACCACUGUCGAGUCAUUUAUCGAACAACCCGACUCAAGAGCACAAUGUCAGGCGCUAGAGGAAAACGUCAAGGACUUCGGCUUGACGUACUUCGGUAUGAAGGACAGGCGGCAGGGUAUUGUCCAUAUAAUCGGACCUGAGCAAGGCUUCACUCUCCCCGGUAUUACCUGUGUCUGCGGAGACUCGCACACAUCGACGCACGGCGCGUUCGGCUCCCUCGCGUUCGGUAUCGGCACGUCGGAGGUCGAGCACGUCCUCGCCACGCAGACCCUCUUGCAGAAGAAGGGCAAGAACAUGCGCAUCAGCGUCGAAGGCGAGCUGCUAGAGGGCGUCAACUCCAAGGACGUGGUCCUGCACAUCAUCGGUGUGAUCGGCACCGCAGGUGGCACAGGCUGCGUCGUCGAGUACGCCGGGAACGUCAUCCGCAACUUCAGCAUGGAGGCGCGCAUGAGCAUCUGCAACAUGAGCAUCGAGGGCGGCGCGCGUGCGGGCAUGAUCGCGCCCGACGAGAUCACCUUCGAGUACCUCCGCAACCGGCCGCUCGUGCCGAAGGGUGAGACCUGGGAACGCGCGGAGCAGUACUGGCGCACGCUCAAGUCGGACGAGGGUGCGAAGUUCGACAUUGAGGUCAACAUCCGUGCGGAGGACAUCCUCCCCACCGUCACCUGGGGCACGUCCCCGCAGGACGUCGUGGCCAUCACCGGCAAGGUGCCCGACCCCGCUGCGAUCACAGACCCGAAGAAGGCCACCGGCAUUGAGCGCGCGUUGAAGUACAUGGGCCUCACGCCGAACACGCCCAUGGAGGAGAUCACCGUCGACAAGGUCUUCAUCGGCUCGUGUACAAAUGCACGUAUCGAGGAUUUGCGCUCUGCUGCGCGGAUCGUCCUCGCCGCGGGCCCUGAUGCAAAGGUCGCGCCGAACGUGUCCGCGAUGGUCGUCCCUGGCUCCGGCCUCGUCAAGCAGCACGCGGAGGCGGAAGGCCUCGACGUGAUCUUCAAGCGUGCAGGCUUCGACUGGCGCGAAGCGGGCUGCUCGAUGUGCUUGGGCAUGAACCCCGACCAGCUGAAGCCGGAAGAGCGCUGCGCGAGCACGAGCAACCGUAACUUCGAGGGUCGGCAGGGCCCGCGCGGGCGCACGCACUUGCUGAGCCCCGCGAUGGCGGCGGCGGCGGCGAUCACAGGCAAGCUGACGGAUGUACGGAAGUUCCUGGGCCUCGAGAAGGCGUCCGACCCCAAACUGAAGGUCACGAGCGCUAUGGACCUGUUGUCCGACCCUGUGCUGCCGGCUCCUGAGCCUGGACGGGAGGCAACAAGCUCGUCCGCCGCGGGUGACAAGCCACUGCCGCCCGCGGAGACUGUGUCCAGUGUGCCGCCGUUUCGUGUUUUGAAGGGCAUUGCGGCGCCGCUGCAUAUCGAGAACGUCGACACGGACAUGAUCAUCCCUGCGGUGUAUUUGAAGACGUUGAAGCGCACUGGCCUCGCGAACGCACUCUUCUUCGCUCUGCGCAAUAACGCGCAGACGGGCGAGAAGACCGACUUCGUCCUUAACCGGGAACCGUAUACACAGGCGAAGAUCCUCGUCUCGGAUGCACCCAACUUUGGCUGUGGCAGCUCGCGUGAGCACGCACCAUGGGCCCUGAAGGACUUCGGCAUCCUGUCCGUGAUCGCGCCGAGUUUCGGAGACAUCUUCCGUAACAACUGUAUGCAGAACGGCAUGGUCCCGAUCGUCCUGCCACAGGCACAGUGUGCUGCCCUUGCGGAGGACGCCGCGGCACAAAAAGAGCUCGAAGUCGACCUGGAGAAGCAGGAGGUGCGCCGACCAAGCGGCGAGGCCUUCUCGUUCGAUAUCGACCCCUUCCGGAGACACUGCCUGCUGAACGGCCUCGAUGACAUCGCGCUGACGCUGCAGAGAGUGGACAGGAUCGAGGAGUUUGAGCACAGGAGGAGCGAGAUGUGGCCGUGGCUGGACGGGUUUGGCUACCAGGGCAGGAAGAUCCCUGUGUCGCCGAAAAAGCGCACAAAGAUGGAGUGGUAG